AUGAUGGAGUCUGCUUAUAAUGAAGUGGGAUCAUCCAAAAAACAAGUUAAAGGCAGGGAAACAUCUGAUUGCGAUGAUGUCCCAAUGAAAGUCAGUUCUUUCGAAAAAUUGGUUGAAUCGGAUUUCACUGAAACAUCAUCCGUUUGCGAUAAUUUUCCAGUUGAAUAUAUAGAAGAAGUGAAUUGGCCGAGUAAUGAAAGUGUGAAAGAGAAAAUUAGACUUUGGACAUUGGAAGAAUUACGUAAACAAAUAGAAGAGAACGUGGAUAUUGUAGCUCAAUUGAAAUACGUUAUUGGUAAAGUGGGUGGCGACAGCUCCAACUCGUUUGUCAGGAAUGCAAUUAAAAAAAUGCUGAGCGAUGAUGUGGCUGCAAAAUUGAGUUGGCGUGGAACGAACAGUAAGCCCAGUAUUCAGGAAUUCAAUAUAACGAAAAUUAUAACAAGUGUCUGCCAUUCAAAAUUUCCGAAAGCUGAUGAUGCAGGUAUAAAUAAGGUAUUACAACAACAUUUUGUUCAUGCUGGUGACCGUCUCAGAAAGAGUGACCGAACCAAAAAGAUUGAUGAAGCCAAGAAAAUUGACGAUUUGGCUGAAAAAUAA